AAUAUUUUUAAACGUAAUUAUAAAUUUUUAUUAAAUUAUUUUUAAACGUAAUUAAAAAAUAAAUUAAAAAAUAGUGGAGGAGAAAGUGAUGAGAGGUUUUUUUUCUCCUCAUUGCUGUGGUGAAAAAAACAUUUGAUGAGAGAAAUUGUAUGGGAGGAGUGAGAAAGUGGGUAGAGAGAGAUUGAGAGGGUUUUUUUUUUCCUCACUGCUGAGAAUGGUCUAAGGUCAAAGCUUUAUUUUUAAUUUUAAAAUUCUGUAUUGUCACUUAAAAAACAUUUGAGGAGAAGAAAAAGAAAGAUAGUAACGAGGGAGAUUGACUGAAAAGAGCAAAAACACAACCAAAAUCUGCAGACUUGAAAAAAAAAAUAAAAAAUGAGGUGGGUUUGCAAACCUCGCAACAUCAACACACUUCCUACAUCACUGCUCCAACUUCCUUCACUCUCCUUCCUCAGACUUCUCUCCAAUGCAGCAGCAGAUGCUUUGAACCCUACUUUUGUCCACCCAACUGCUAUUGUUCAUCCCAAUGCUACUCUUGGUCAGGGUGUAUCAAUUGGGCCGUUUUGUACAGUUGGGUCGUCAGUAAAACUUGGCAAUGCCUGUAAAUUGUAUCCUGGGAGUCACAUUUUUGGAUUUUCUCAAUUGGGUGAUAACUGUAUUCUUAUGACUGGUGCUGUGGUUGGUGAUGAUCUUCCUGGGAAGACUAUGAUUGGAUCAAACAACAUUAUUGGACAUCAUGCUAUUGUCGGAGUAAAGUGCCAAGACUUGAAAUAUAAGGAUGGGGAUGAAUGUUUUCUUGACAUUGGUGACAAUAAUGAGAUAAGAGAAUACAGCUCUGUUCAUAGAUCAUCCAAGCCAGAUGAGCAGACGAUCAUUGGUCAUAAUAAUCUAAUUAUGGGAUCCUGUCAUGUUGCUCAUGACUGCAAAAUUGGUAACAACAACAUUCUGGCAAAUAAUACCUUGUUGGCAGGACAUAUAGUAGUAGAAGAUUACAUUCACACUGCCGGUGCAGCUGUUGUCCAUCAGUACUGCCACCUUGGCUCAUUUUGUUUUAUUGGUGGUGGCUCAGUGGUUACUCAAGAUGUUCCAAAAUUCAUGAUGGUAUCUGGUGACAGAGCUGAGCUCCGUGGCUUGAACUUAGAAGGCCUGCGACGUCGUGGGUUCUCUGCCACAGAGAUUAAGGGCUUGCGAGCUGCCUACCGCAAGAUUUUCAUGCCUACUGACACUGAAUCCGGGAGCAUUGAAGAUCGUCUCAAAGAAUUGCAUGAAGAACUGGGUCAACUUCCUGUCGUAUGCUCCAUGAUGCAAUCUAUACAUGAUUCCUUUUCUGAGAGUCGUCGCGGAAUAUGUAAAUAUAGACAUUGGAAUGCAUCUUGAAUUUAUUCUUUUCCCUAUAAUUCAUGGAAUUCUUUCUCGGUGUAUCUCUUUGGACCGUGUGUUGCCUGGGAAAGUCUUCCACAGACAUGCGUCUCAGCAGGUUCUGAUAAACAUAUUCACCCUUGCUGCCUAAGCAUUAGGAUGGAGCUGUGUAGGACAAUGAAAGCAUAUUGAGACUUCUCAAGGAGAUGCUAAUUUUUGAGUAGUUGCAGAUAAAAGAUAGCAGUAUUUUUGUUGAUGUAAGUUGUAACUGCUUGUAAGUUGACACACUGAUUUUUGGUUAGGAGAUAGAGAAAUAAGACAGAAAGUGGAUUAUCUGGUAAAUGAAUAUGACAGCAGCUUUGUACCAUUUUCAAAGCUGGUAGAGUAGUGACCAACUCUGUACUAUAAUUUACAGCUGUGUUCUGGAUUUAUGCAUCAUUUUUUUUGGGUAGCUGGAUUUUGUAUUCAAGUGGUGAAUAUGUCUUUGUCAUAGCCAAGAU